UUUUUUCUUUCUAAACAAAUUAUUAUUAUUUUUCCAUAAAUAAUAUUAAAAAACCCUAAAAUCUUGGCCCAUAUCUCCCCUUUUUCUGUCCAUAAAAUCCCCCUCACUCCCUUCUCAAACCUGCAAAUCGAAACAGAUGGAUACACAGUUGCAGAAGAAGAACGCUUACAACAACACCGCUUCAACUUUCGAGGUAGGAGACGAUGGAUUUCGCAAAAACAUCGACGACGAUGGCCGUGAAAAAAGAACAGGAACUUUGGUUACUGCAAGUGCACAUAUUAUAACUGCUGUCAUAGGAUCUGGAGUUUUGUCUCUGGCAUGGGCUAUCGCUCAGUUGGGGUGGGUCGCCGGACCCGCCGUCCUCAUGGCGUUUUCCCUCAUAACUUACUUCACCUCCACCCUCCUCGCCGACUCCUACCGGGCACCUGACCCUGUCUCCGGCAAGCGUAACUACACUUAUAUGGAUGUCGUUCAGGCUAGUCUAGGUGGGAAGAAGGUGCAAUUAUGUGGAAUAGCUCAAUAUGUUAAUCUUGUGGGUGUAACAAUCGGAUACACAAUCACUGCUUCUAUCAGUAUGGUGGCUGUGAGAAAAUCAAAUUGUUAUCAUGAUAAGGGACAUGAAGCGGAUUGUAAAUUGUCAAACUAUCCAUACAUGAUGAUAUUUGCAGCAAUUCAAAUCGUGUUGAGUCAAAUUCCGAAUUUUCAUAAGCUUUCAUGGUUGUCGAUAGUUGCUGCUGUUAUGUCUUUUGCUUAUUCUUCGAUUGGACUCGGGUUAUCAAUAGCAAAAGUUGCAGGUGGAGGACAUGUAAGGACAAGCCUAACCGGAGUAGAAGUCGGAGUUGACGUGACCGGAGCUGAGAAGAUUUGGAGAACAUUUCAAGCCAUCGGUGAUAUUGCAUUUGCUUAUGCUUAUUCUACUGUUCUCAUUGAGAUUCAGGACACAUUGAAAUCGUAUCCACCGGAGAACAAGGUGAUGAAAAGAGCAUCACUCGCCGGAGUUUCAACAACCACCAUAUUUUACGUCCUCUGUGGCUGCGUAGGCUACGCUGCAUUUGGAAACGACGCACCAGGAAACUUCUUAACUGGAUUUGGGUUCUACGAACCCUUUUGGCUCAUUGACUUUGCCAACGUCUGCAUCGCGAUUCACCUCAUUGGAGCAUACCAAGUCUUCUGUCAACCUUUAUUUGGUUUCUUCGAGAUGAAGUGCAGACAACAAUGGCCAGAUAGCAAGUUCAUAACAACAGAACAUAUUGUAAACGUGCCGUUUUGUGGAGAAUACUACAUCAACAUGUUUAGGUUGGUUUGGAGAACAGCGUAUGUGAUAAUGACUGCUGUGAUAGCGAUGAUCUUUCCAUUUUUCAAUAGCUUCUUAGGGUUGAUUGGAGCAGGUUCUUUCUAUCCAUUGACUGUGUAUUUCCCGAUAGAGAUGUAUAUUGCGAGGGCUAAGAUUCCAAGAUUUUCGUUCACAUGGGUGUGGUUGAAGAUUCUGAGUUGGGUUUGUUUGGUGGUUUCGUUGGUUGCAGCUAUUGGAUCUGUGCAGGGUUUGUUGACAGAUGUCAAGAAGUAUAAACCCUUUGAGACAGUUUAGUUGAUGUUGGGUUAUGGAAAUUGUAAUAAUUAAUGUUUUUGCAAUUACAAGUGAUUGUAUAAGAACUUUGAAGAAGAUAAUUUCAAUAUAAUAUAGUUGCUAUUAAUUAAGAAAAAAAAUGAUAUGGAAU